AUGUCAUUCUACCUCGCCAUAGUCUCCCCGCUUGAUUCGCCGUUGUUCGAACUCUCCUUUCCUUCAGCUAAACCACCUCCUGGGACAGCAUCAUCGGCUGCCUCCACUUCCUCAUUCCCUUCUUGGUCGACUUUCACAGCUUCAAACGGAUCAGAUCUAGGUGCAGAUGGGCAGACUGGAAAGACAGGUGGUAAUCUGGGGCUGCUGAGUGGAGAGACAAAGACCGGUCCAGAGAGGGAUAGAGCGAUGUGUCAGAUGAUAGCGCAUAAAAGUUUAGAUAGUGUAGAAGAGAUGAUGGAAGGUACAGGUAGUCUAUACCUGAAGAAUAUUGAUCGGCAUAACGAGUGGACGGUAUCGGCUUUCAUAGCAACUAGUGUCAAAUUUGUCCUUCUACAUGACAUUAAGAACGAUGAUGGAAUACGACUGUUCUUUUUGGAUGUAUGGGAAUCCUAUGUCAAGAUAUUGUUAAAUCCAUUUCACACCGUCAAUACACCUAUUCGAAAUCCAAUGUUCGAAUCAAAGAUACGUGCAAGUGCAAAACGCAAUCUGUGA